AUGGCUUCCGAAAAAACAGCGUCGAUGACAGAUCUGGUCCCGGUGCCAGCUGCUGCCGGCGUUGCUGCGUCCAAGCUGUCGGAUCCUGUGCCACCUGAGGCCGUUGAGAAGCUGCCUGACGUGCUGACGACUCCCACUGGCGACAUGUGGCCACGCCCAUACUAUUUCGAGGACGGCCUGCGUAGAGUCGCUCCCUAUCACUUUACCUACCACACCUGGGCCAAGGAGCGAUGGCGAGGCCGGAAGCUAAUCGAGAUAUUCGAGGACGAGUUUCGGGACCGCACCCUAGAGUACUAUCGCCAUGCCAUGGAAACCGGAGCCAUUGUCGUCAACGGGAAGGCGGUUGGCCCGGACCAUGUUGUCAAGAACGGGGAUCUGGUAAACCACACCAUUCAUCGCCACGAGCCUCCUGUCACCGGGGAACCUAUUCGUAUCAUCCACGAAGACGAUGAGAUGAUUGUUGUGGACAAGCCUUCUGGUGUGCCUGUACAUCCUGCUGGCAGAUACAAGUACAAUUCACUCAUCGAAAUCAUGAAAGCUGAGAGGGGUGAGCACUUUCUGCCGUACCCGUGCCAUCGCCUGGACCGCCUCACAAGUGGCAUCCUUUUCAUAGGCAAGACGCCGCAGGCCGCCGUAAAGCUCACUGCGCAAAUCAGAGCUCACACGGUACGCAAGGAGUAUCUGGCUCGUGUUGCUGGAAAAUUUCCUGAUGGUGAAGUUGUUUGCGACCAACCCAUCCUGCAAAUAUCCCCACGGCUAGGACUCAAUAGAGUACGCGCCAAUGGAAAAUCGGCUCGCACGGUCUUCAAGCGUUUGGCAUACUACCCGCCGGACAAACAGGAUGCCUUGCCAAUGGAGCAGCCCAAAACCCCGGAACAACUCGCAGAGGAGAAACGUCGGCCUUGGAUCAAGAAGGAGGGCUACUCGAUUGUCCGCUGCUUGCCCUUAACGGGGAGAACGCAUCAAAUUCGCGUGCACCUGCAAUUUCUUGGGCACCCGAUUCAGAAUGAUCCUUUGUAUGCAAACCAGCGUGUCUGGGGCAUCAAUUUGGGAUGCAACGACUCUGAUGCAGUUGAGAACACGGACGAAGACAUCAUGUCACGCCUGGAACGCAUGGGCAAGCAGGAUAUUGCCGACGCGGUAGCAUAUCACGACGAAAUGGUGGAUUUGUACGCAAAGAGACGGGCUGAGAAGCUGUCGGGCGAAAACUGCGAGGUGUGCGACACGCCACUCUACACGGAUCCCGGCGCACACGAACUUUCACUUUGGCUUCACAGUCUCCGAUACGAAGACGCCGGAGGCGCAUGGGGGUACACUAGUCCGAUGCCCGGAUGGGCCCUCCCCCCGGAUGGCAUGAACGGACCAACGGAGGUCGGUGGGCUGGAGGAGCUCGUCGAGGCUGUCAAAGAAGAGAACCUAGAAAUAUCCUGA